AUGGCGACUAGCCCUGAUUUUCCGUUCCGAGGAAGAACCCUUCUCUCGGAAUUUAGUUUCGAGAAAACCGAGUCGCAAGAGACGAAUCACUUUCACAAUCCCCAUAGUAAAAAAGGGAGAUUUAGAUCCAAAGGAAGAAAGUUUGAAUAUUCAGAUAAGCAUGAAGUGCCCAGUGGACCAAACCCUAUUCAGAACAGUUCCAAGUGUGGGUCAAGAAAACUAAAGCCGAUCAGUGCUUCUUCCUCCUCUAAACCACCUUCUCCAACCAAGCCUUCUGCCCAAAUAUCCGAAACAGCUAAAUUUAAUACCAGAGAAUCCCUGCAAACUUUACCCACUGAAACCCCCAUAGUCCCUAAUCACCCAGACCCUUUGCAAUCAGAUCCUAUUACUCCUAUUACUAUCCACCAAACUACUGAUUCUAUAAUGACAGAGGACCCUCAGUACAUUCUUGAUAACAACUCCCAAAGUGCAUCUCCUUCUCAAGAAAUCCCUCAAAUCCACCCCUCUCUUAUUAAACCUAAAACUUGGAAGAGGAAAUCUACCCCCAUACCAAAAUCUAACCCUAGCCCAAAUAAUUCUCCAAUUCUCACCAGUGUCAAAAGACAAAUUUCAACUUCCACUUCUCCUAAUCCUCUAUAUUCUAAUCCCGAAAGGAUUAGUAUUUGGAAGCAGCCUUGGAUUCCCUCUAUCCCAAAACUUAACAAUCAUACCAGCAGGCAGAGUCAAUGUAGGCUGAACUUGGUACAUGAGCUUUUGGAUGACACUGUUAGACACUGGGACCUCAACACUCUCAACUCAUAUUUCUCACCUGCAGAAGUAAAAGAAAUUCUUAAAAUCCGAGGACUUGACCCCCUUGGUGUUGAUAAGCUAGUCUGGGAGGAUUCUUCCUCUACCCAUCCUCUCAAUGUCUCUCUAGUUUACUCAAGCUUAAUGGAGGUUAGUGCUGUAGCUUUGGCUAGGCCGAUUAGGGCAGUGGAGCAACUUUAG